AUGACAACAGAUUCAAACACUUUCAAGUCAAAUCACCCCGGACCGGAUGAAGAUGGAGCAAAGAAACUUCGAAGAGCUUGCAAUGUUUGCCAUCGAAUGAAACUACGCUGCUCGGGGACAAGUCCCUGCACUCGCUGCAAAAAGGCGGGGUCCGAAUGUGUGUACUCAUUUGCGGCCAAGAUCGGCAAGCCUAAAGGCAGUCGAAAUAAGAAGACAUUGGAAAAGUUACAACAGAGGAACGAAACUAUCGGAGAGAGUAGAUUUCAUCAUCCGAUUAUAACUACUCCGGUCACCGAUCGCUCUGUUUCUCUCGAUUGCGAUUUUGAUGACGAGGAGGUGUCUGAAGACCAAGAUAACAUUUUGAACCUUGACACUUGGAUGUCAGAUCACACUUUGGUUUCCUUAUCAGAUGUGGAAUUCCCUAUUGAUAUCGAUUGUUUGAAAGAAACCACGAUGUGGGAUGCACAAGGGUCGUCCGAUACAACAACCGACGGGCUUGACCAACAUUUCUUCGCUUCUCCGCCCAGUUUAUCUGGGGUGGUGCAGUCCAUUGGUCUCUUUCCGGGUGACAUGCAGCCACUAGAAAAUACCGGCCUUCAAUCCCAGUUUCAGAUGACAGAAAGUUCAUCAACGACACAGCUGGAUGGUCCAAGUCAACGGAAUGGCCAUAAUAGCUGUUUAUGUCUUCAGCAUCAGUUCGAAUCCCUUUGCAAACUCAAAGCUCUGGAGCAAAGCUGUGGACCAGUUCAGGCGGACACGGAUUUUGCAACAACUUUAAACGCACUUACUGCUACUCAAACGGUUCUUAAUUGCGACCAUUGCCAAGAAGACUCUGAGACAAACAUGUUAGUUACAAUGGUGGUAGAUUUGGCGUUUCGUCGCCUUCAGAACUUGACUGCCGCUACGCCAGACGGCUUGGUGGAGCUCCGACUCACCCUCGGAGGCAUAGAGAUGGUCGAGACUGAACCAUUGUCAUCGAUGCGCAAAACCAUUGUCACAUUAGCUCGCGACCAAGUUGAGCAAGUUUUUAUUGCGAUGCGCACGCGUGUCAGUCAAUUAAAUGCACGGGCAAAGGAAACGACUCAAAAUGAUGUUGACAAAAUGCAUGCUAUGAAGUUGCAACUGACUUUGAUGCGCCUCGAGAUGAUGUUCACAGCUCUUCAGACGAUUUUAAAAUAG